UUAUUUGCCUAGUACAAGGCAGUUGCUCAGCAGAAGCGCGGACGUGCGGUGUAAUUCGAGAACGAGGAAACCACAGCUGUGCUAAAUGAUAUCAUUUUGGCAAAGCGAAUUGCCAUAAUUUCCACGUUACCCACUUCAAAUACAACUUUAACAAAUAUAACAAUAAAUAAGCGCCACCAACAMCAAAAUGAAUUUACAUAGAGCYUUAACAAGUYUAACACUAWUUCUACUGCCACUCUUGUUACACCCCGCCAGCAGAGGUGCRUUCGCCAGCGUYAAUGAGAAUCAAAUUCARGCGAUCACCAGCUACAUGGACCCGCUCAUUAAUCCAUGCGACGACUACUACCGCUACGCCUGCGGCAAUUGGGCUAACGUACACUCGAACGAGCAGUACUACGAAGUCACCAGCUUAAUGGAUCACAAGGUCAAUAAGCGUUUAAUCGACUACUUUCAAAACUAUCAGCUGGAAGGCAGCACUGAAGCCGGCAACGAAACCUACACGGAUAAACUCUUUCUCUACUAUCAAACAUGUAGGCGCACAAAAGGUUUGCAAUUGAAGCGUUACUUGCAGCUGGUGCGUCCCAGCUCCCACUUGGACUGGCAGCUGAUGCUCGAGGUACGCGAGCCCAAUGCYACGUGGCCGGCCGAACGCUUCAACUGGCUAUUCACGCUGGCCAAGUUGCGUCGCUAUCACUUCAAGGGCGCCUUCAUCGAACACAUACUUAUGGUGGACGAUAGUGAUUCCAAUCGGUAUCUAAUCGAUUUGGACAAACCCACGGACAAGUUGCCUGAUGAGAUAGUGAUAGCAGCGUUGCUUAUAGAGUUGGGGGUAGGGAGAGUGCGUGCGAUUAAGAUAGCAAAGCAACUGCAUAAGUUCGAGGAGAGACUAGUGAUUCUGCGUGAUACUACAGACAAAAGAUUACCGCAGCCCAUAUCAUUGUCGGAAUUAAAGGACGAAAUGCCAGAAGUUCCAUGGCAAUUGUAUCUGCAAUUGGUACUGAGCUACACACUGACAGAGGACUAUGAAGUGCAAAUCAACAAUCGUGAAUACUUUCCCGCGCUCAAUAAGGUUCUGGAAAAUACCGAGCCUAGCUUGAUCGAUAAUUAUAUAAUGGUGAAAUUCGCACUAUUUCUGAUGAAGGAUAGUGCUGACAACUUCACGAAGAUGGACUGUAUGUGGGAUGUGCGCAAAAAGAUGGAAUUGGCUGUUAAUUUUCUCUACAAGCAGCAAUUCUAUGGYGGCUCAGAUGCCAAGUACAUCGCCGAUGUUGAGCGCAUWUUUAACUUGAUAAGGCAUGAAUUCAGCGCCAGACUGAAAAAUAAYAGAAUGAAACUGCUACCAAAUCAGCUUGAAUUCCUUCAAAGCAAAUUGUCUGCCAUGCGCUUCAAUAUCGGCAAUCUACCGGCAAACGUUGAUGAGCGUUUCAUCGAUAAGUACUAUGCCGACGUGCACAUCGACCUCAAUAAUUACCAUAAAAAUCAUCUGCUCUUGCUGAAACUGCGCUCACGCAAAGAACACGAUCAGCUAACGGCGCCGCCGCCAUCSCCCAGCGACUACCACUUCAUCAGCGAUGGUGACAGCUGCACGCCGUACUAUAUGUUUCCUAAAAACCUGGUCAUCAUACCGUAUGCCUUUCUGCAGCCACCUGCGUAUCAUGUAAACAUGCAUGAUAUAAUGAAAAUGGGUAUAUUCGGUUUUGUGCUCACCCACGAGAUUAUGCAUGGCUUUGAGUAUAGCGGUGUGCGCUUCGACUUUUCGGGCAUAACAGAUUGGCUCGGUAAAUCUAUUCUCUCAGAUGAGGAGUUUCUCAGUGCGUUUGAGUGUUUGAAUUAUCCAAAGACGGAUAGUCUCGAUGAGCGUGYGGCGGACUUUAUGGGCAUUCGCGUGGCCUACGACACGCUCUUCCACCCCAAUUCUAGCAUGAAUGCGCGUCAGCCGAGCUUCACAGAUAUAACGCCGAGACGUUUGUUCUUCUUAAAUGUGGCUCAGUUUUUCUGUGGCAAUUUGCUACCGACUUUCUUCGAUCACGAUGCGGACGAUGUGCGCUUGCGACAGACUCUCAAGCAAUUCGAGGCCUUCACAUUGGAGUAUGAGUGCAAGCCAGGCGAUGCCAUGUUUGCGGAGAAGAGAUGUGAGCUGUAUUAGGGCGUGAAGCCCUAAUAACAUGUCAAAAUGACUACUGAGCCAUAAGAUUUGCUAUUUUCUACCAAAACAAGCCAAUCGAAUCCUUAAAGCUUAGUAUUUAAUUAUGUAUUUAUCCGUAAGUUAAGUAUUUUAUCCGUGAAUUAUUUUGUACAAUAAACUAGUAUCUAAUAAGUA